GUUUCCACUGCUUUUAGUUUUAGUGCACAAAUAGUGCUUUGGUAAGUCGGACGUAUUGUCGGCGCGCGCAUAUCAAUUAGAGAAACGCAGUGUUGCUCGUUAUACGAGAGAGGCAAAAGCCCGAUCUCUUGCUCGCUCGCUCGCAAAGUCGGAAAAAAGUUUUACCAAUCAAGUUUUUUAUUUCGCAAUAAUGUAUUACAUAUAACAAAACUUCAACCUAGUUAAAAGUUAAUGUUGUUGUUGCUGUUGUUGUGAACUUUUUUGUAUGUGUGCGGAGCAUACAUACAUAUGCCUUGGUAUUACUACAUACAUACAUUUGUAUGUGUUGUUUGUUUGCUUCGUUUGAUUGAAACAGAAAAAAAGAAAAAAGCUAAUGGAACUGUGAACUGUACGUGCGUUGCUUCAAAACAAGAUCCAACUCAAAAGAGAAAUUUAAUCUACUCUCUACUCUGCAAUAAUAUUGUAUUUAAUUUAAUAAAAUCGUGUAUUAAAAUAUGAGAACUAAGAACAGAACAGAAACAACAACAACAACUGUCCAAGUUACUACAUAUACAUAUAUAUGAAAGUGUAUUGAUGUUGAUGAAACUGAAAGUUAUAAUUGCAUACAUACAGACACACACAUGUGUAUACAUAUGCAUAUAAUUUAUAAACAUACAUUUGCAUAGUAUGAAUGUAUAUUCUGUUGUUUGUCGCUGCAAAAGGAAUAGAACGUGUUUAUCCACACACAUACUUGGACAUACAGACAUAUUCAUUUAUAUAUGUAUGUAUGUACAUAAACUUUAAACAGAGACUGUGAAAGUGGAAAGCUCCGCUCAGACACACACACACACAAACACGCGUAUACUUAUACGUAUCUAACUAAUACUAGUGUAUUUAUGAGUGCAUGUACGUAUGUAUGUAUGUACAUUUAUUUCGAAAGUCUACAGAAGUUUUUCCACCUAUUUGUGAAAGGGAGUAAUUGCUAUAAGAUUUAAUGAAAGAGUUUCAAAGAAUGUUGAUGUUGCAAUACAGCAAACAUGGCGAGUGUAUACUCAAAGAAAUCGGAGCAGCGUUCAGGGGGGAACAUCCAGCGGACCUGACAAUCGUAUGCGAGAAUAAGGUGAAGUUGCAUGCACACAAAUUGGUACUCGCCGCUGCCAGUCCACUUAUAAGGAAUUUGUUGGAGGAUACUCAUUUGAGCGAUUGUACAACAACCGUCUACUUUCCGGAUGUAAAUGCCACUUAUUUUAAAUUCCUACUGGACUUCCUAUAUUCCGGACAGACAUGUAUCACCUCGAGGGACGUGAACUAUCUGCACGAUUUGUUGCUAUUGUUGCAGAUAAAAUCGGACAGUUGGAAGACCACAGAUUCGGCAUAUUUGAGUAGUAAAUGCUCUAGUUUACGGGAUCGGGAUCGCACUCGGAAACAGUACUCGUCAUCGCAGAAUUUAGUAGAUCAAUCCUUGAAAUAUGAGGUGGAGAGUGUUGACGAUAGCAGAAAUAUCGCCGAUUUCUCCACAUUUUCCGCUGAGAAUUGUGAGAGUGCGAUCGAUUGCCCGCAAAAGGAUGAUAAUGAUCAUGAUGAUGAUGAUUCCGCCAAUAAGGAUAAUAGAAGCGAUAAAGACACUGAUGAAAUUGUAAAUCUUUCAAACAUUCCAGCUACCAACAACAACAACAACAGCAGCAGCAGUAACAACAAUAACAACAACAACAAUAAUUCUACAAUAAACCCAGUUAAUCUAUCGCUCGACCUUCGAACAAAAAGUGACAAUAACAAAAAUCAUAAUGAGAGUAAAAGUUAUCUGCAAAAGCACAACAACAACAGCAGCAGCGACACAAUCAGCGCGAAUGAGAGUACAAAGAGGAAAGGACUCUUCUUUGAGUCGCACAAGGAUGUGAUGAAGCCCCUCUCCGACGGAUCCGACAUAAAUAGUUCACCCGAGAAUUAUGUUGUAACGCCGCAUCGCAAGCGACGACCUGGUUUUCACAAUACACAGAGCGAUAAUCAACCGUUUACGACAUAUCAGCAUAAUCUAUUGGAGGAACUUCGGCUGGUGAAGUCAACGUCAUCGCCAAUAUCGGGAUUGGGUUCGGAAAAGAAUAUGCUAUCGCAUCUGGAAGAUGGUGCACUUAAUGCGGAAACAAUGACGCCGGAACGCAAACUACUUGAAACACAACAGCAACACAGGAACAAUCGAGGACAAAGCCCCGAACUGCAGAUGCACCUGGGACAACAGUUUGUCUAUCAAUGGCAAUCGAAUCAAAGUGCUGCCAUCUCGACAAUGCCCAACUUGCAAUCGCGACUAUCGAGUCUAUCGCAUAUCAAUUUAAAUCUGGAUCCCGAUAGUCGCAAUAGCAGUACAUCCGUCACAUCAAACAUUGCAACAAACAACACGCACUCAUCGUCGGUCCGUGAAUAUCGAUGCGAAUACUGUGGCAAACAGUUUGGCAUGUCAUGGAACCUCAAGACGCAUCUACGUGUCCACACGGGCGAAAAGCCGUUUGCAUGUCGCCUCUGUGUGGCAAUGUUUAAGCAAAAGGCGCAUCUUCUGAAGCAUUUGUGUUCGGUUCAUCGAAAUGUUAUAACCACUACGAAUGGCACCGAUACGGAGAAUCGAUAUAGCUGCUGUUUCUGUUCCAUGUGCUUUGAAUCGGUGCAGGAACUUGUCCGUCAUCUGUCCGGGCAUCACAACAACCUUCUGCUCACUAAGAAUCUUCGGGAAUAAUCUGAAAGAUCUGUUUGAUUUUGGCCUAUUUGUUGCCAAUCAAAUAAGUAAUUGCAAAGAGACCUGAAUUUUAAAUAUAUAUUAUAUAUUAACUUACGGUAACAGUAACAGUAACAGUAAAAGUAACAAUAACAGUAAAAGUUAAAGUUAACAGUAACAAAAGCAAAUACUUAGCUAUUGUAUAAAUUUAUAUAAUAUGUACAUUUAAUGCGUAAUUAUAUCUAUACAUUCAAAUUGAUUUUACUCGAUCAUUUCAUCGGCAUUAUGCUGCUCAUUCAAAUCGAUAAUUCUGUUUUGAGUAAUCGUAUGUAUGCAAUUGGCAUCCGAUACCUACCGAUGUAACGGCUGGUCCAUUUCUAUAUGCCGGCUGGUCCAUUAUUAAGUGGAACAACAUUUAUGAUUUAAGCAUAUUUUUUAUUCAAAAGGUAUUGUAAUUUGUAUUGUAUUUUCUACCUGUUUUUUAUAUUAUAAUAAUUCACAGUUCUGUUUUACAAUUGAUGAACAUACAUUUUUAUUCACGCCUGCAUACAUACAUCAUAUGUAUUUACUUUCAAAUUUUUAAUGUCGUCAAUAUAAAAGUGUUUUAAUUGUACAGCAUAAAUCUACAAGUUUGUAAUAAAAGAAAAAGCAUUUCAUUUUUAA